CGGAGGUUCAGUUUUGCAGAGAUUUUCGACCCAUUCGGAUGCUGAACCAGCGGAACUCGUCGUCGCGGGCGUGGUAUCACCAGUGAGGAUUCUUCUUCUCAGCUCUUGUGGAUUUUGACUUGCUGGAAGGGUGACAGCAGGUGGUGUGUGUGUGUGUUCUGAUCUGACCUUCCCCAGAGGGAGUCACCUCUUGCUGCCAAUUUGGGCUCCCGGAAGAGGAAGUAAGGCGCGUUCCGGUCGCAAUCAGACCGUCCGGAAGCUUGUCCGUUCCGUGUUUUCUGUGUUCCGUCGUCAUCGAUUUGUGCUUUGACAGGCGGGAGUGAGUGAGAAGCAAGUUUGUGCCCCAGGAAUACGUAUUCACGGUAAUAAAAAGGGAGAGAAGCAGCGAAGAGAGCGAGAGAAGGAUAAAGAUAGCGUGUUUCGCCCGGAAGAGUGAAGAGUCCGAAGUGGAACCAAAGCAAGGACUCGCGUAACGUUACGCAGCAUCCAGAGUAGAGGAAUUCUGUGCGGUGGGUGGUGUGUUGUUGUCGUGGUCACCCCACUUGGUCCUGUAGGAAGAGGGUGGCAAUUACUGAGUGUGUCCAAUCGUGUAGUAUUUUGUGUGAUAUCUUCUCUUGCCAAAGCUGAGAAGCUCAACCGAAGCGUUUCGUGCGGCCAAAGAUUGGGGAAAAAGUUUCUCGGAACAAAGUUUCCCUCAAAGUGGUCAUUUUCCGCCGGAGUGUGAGUUAACCAGGAGUUCGAGCCCAUAAUCGAAAAUAUUUGUGCGCGCCACCACCUUCAAUCAAGUGGACUGCUGGGAUUUUGGGAAAUCGGUCCGGAAAGGCCAUCAGGAGGAAAACUUUCCCUCGCAGAAUCGGCGAGCAUUCUUGUUAAGGGAAUUCGGAUACGCCGCUAGCAUCAUUACUGAGAAGAAAGAAACCCACUGGAAAAAUCGUUGACCUUUGAACCAGAAAAGCAGACCGCCAACAGCGGCGUAGAAUUCGAUUCAUUGCGCCGAAAAAUAGCUCAAAUCAAAAACAGUCAUCAUUUUCCACGUGGCAACCGGCGCACAAAACACACCCCAGGAAUCCUAAUUAGAGUUCGUUUGUGAGCACGUGCUCACCCCCGGGGUUGCGUCAUGCCUCGAUUCCGACUAGCGCUGCUAGUGGCCCUCGCGGUGGCCACCGCCGUCACUUCAACCGAGCUGCCCCCACCAUCGUCCGAGGCGGCCGGAACCGAGGACAGCCCACCGUCUUCGACGGAAGUGGACAGCUUGCUGACGGUGGCCACGGCCGACACUGGGCUACAGGAGGGUAGUGGGGUGGAUUCGUUGGUUACGACGGAGGUCGUCGAGGAAGGUUCCACGGUGACGACGGAUUUGGACGUUAGUGGCAGCAGUGUUGCCAGUUUUGUGGAUGUGAAGAAGGAGGAAGUGGUGGAGGUUGAGAGUGAGACGCCGGUGAUCAGCUUCGGGAUAAGGUCGUUUACGGUGGAGGUUGGAACCGGGACGGAGCGGUCCGAGGAUGAGCCGGCGGUGCUGGUGAAUGUGACGGGGUCCGACAAUGGGACGGUGACGACGCAGAGUUCGACGACUGUGGAGGUGAGUUCUACGACGGUUGGUGUGGCGAGUACGACUGAGGAGGUUGGCUCUACUGUAGUGAGUAGUACCGCUGGCAGCACUGAACAGAGUCACGUGGAAGUGUCACAGGCGUCGGUGACUGUUAAUACGAAGAUCUCGCAGGAGAAGGUCGUGGAUGAGUCCGGUGAGGAUCAGGAUCAGCACAAUGAGAUUCGGGUGGAGAAGAAGAACGGGUUGUAUCGGAUCAAGAUUGCGGAAAUUACUACCGAUGAGUUUGAUAAUGGUCUACACGAGACUGAUGGGGAGAGUUUGAUGAUGCCGGCGGAUUUGGGAGCGCCAAAGUCGGUGUAUCCGGCCAAGAUCAAUAUUGAUGACUUUUAUCCUUCAAAGUUGGAGGACUUUAAGCCGGCGAUGGAACCCCGGGAAGAGGACAUGGAGGAAAAGCUGCUACGGGAGAAGGCCAUCCUGCGAAACGAAGAAAGUGCUAACCUGUUCGAGGCGACCAUCAUGAAGCCGUCGGAUGUUUUGCCCGUAAUUGACAGCAAAACAGACAGCUACGAUGAGGAGGGAAAGAAGGGAGAGGGGGACAUCUCAACCACCAAGAUUGAGAUCGAAUUAAUUGAUGAUACCUCGGAGACUUCCACCAGUGACGAGGGUAAAUCGGUGGCGGCCACAGACAACAUAACGGAAAAGUUGGAAGAAAACGACGAAGUAAUUAGCAGAAUUGAGGAGAAUUUCAAAACUUUCGACGAGGACGUGGAGUUCACGCACGAGGAAGCGCCGGCGGUGGCCAAGCCAAAGGACGAUGAAGUUAUCACGAUUGCCAUUUCUUCGGUGACAUUUUCCUCCUCGCAGCAGCUGCUCUCGACACAGGCUCCACCAACGCCAUCGCCCCUGGCCGGAACAACCGGAGCCCAGGCCGAAACCACAACAACCGACGAGGCUGUGCCCGUCAGUGGCAGUGACAUCGUCAAGGACAACUUUGGCAGCCUUUUUAUCCCACGGCGUGUGAAGAAAAACGAUCCGACCACGUCCAAAAUCAACAUCUUCAACUCCGCAACCGGCGGCGCCCCGCUGAAAAAGAUUGACUUCGCCAACACCAAGUUCAACACCGACCCCAGCAGCGGUCACAACCCCGCCGACAAGAAGGACAAGCCCGAGUUCUCGACCACAAAGUUCUACAACAGCAAGGAACUGUACAGCGAACUCCACCACCAAGUCAUGAACGACUCGGACCACCACCGACCGGCCAAAAAGCCAACCGCAGUCGUCUCCGAAAAGGACAUCCUAACCGCAAAGACCCUCUCAACAACGUCAACCACCAAAAAGACCCCACCAACCCGAAUCCCAAUCCGACGCCCAGAACCCCCGUCCUCCGACAUCAAGAAGAAGCUCCUCCAAACCAACUUCAUCCCCCGCGAAGACCACCACACAACCCAAAACCCCACCCCCGAAAACACAUCCGUCAACCGGCCCGCGCACCACCCCCAGGACCAGCAGAAAAAGAUCAAGACCCUGGGGGCGGCCGCGUCGGCCAUCAUCGCCGCCACCUCAAAGCUCAUGUCCAAGGACCAGCGGGCGCGCCCAACGCCGUUGACGGCCGGAAGUGAAAAUUUAAUUACAAGACCGGGCAUUACGGCGCACCACCAUCAGCAGCAGCAGCAGCGAGUGUCCCGGUUGCAGGAGAAAAUUAACACCCUGGACUGCGACAUCCAGCAGCAGCUGACGGGGGUGGAGCUGGCCAGUGUGUGGCGCGGCAACGAGACGCAUGAGCUGGAACUGCCCAUCAUGACACCGGAGGAUUGCUCCGCCGGCUCGAGCUGCAUCCCGACGACCAUCUCCUGGGAGGGAACCGCCGACAUCCAGUCCGGUGACGUGUUGAUCGUCGAGAUUGACGAUAAGCACUUAAUUCCGUCCAAUUAUAACAAAUCAGCGGAAAGCAGCCAUCACGCGACGACGGCCGUCUACCAGGUGACGCGGCUGGGCCACGAGCACUGCGACAUCACCGAGGGCGUCCUGCUCGACAUUACGCCCCUCAUCGUGGACGGCAAAAAGCUGGUCACCCUGUACGACAAGGACCUGACGGAGGGAAUUAAUCUGCUAAUUGUGGUCUCGGAGCAGUGGGGCCAGCAGUGCGUACGUCUGAAAGUGACCGUCAAGUCGGACAAUUGCGGUGAAAAUGCUGACUGCUCUGGAAAAGGUGUAUGCUACUCGAACAAUUCGAUGGAAGGUUACGAGUGCCAGUGUUGCAGCGGAUUUGCCGGGUCGCACUGCGAGGAGAUCGACGCCUGUACGCCGUCCCCCUGCACCAACAACGGAAUCUGCGUCGAUUUGUCCCAGGGCCACGAGGGCAACGCGUACCAGUGUCUUUGUCCGUACGGAUACACCGGCAAAAACUGCCAGUUCGAGUCGGACCCGUGCAAUCCGUCCCAGUGUCUAAACGGAGGCACCUGCGUAGGCAAUUCGACCCACUUCAGAUGUGACUGCACCUCGGGCUACACCGGACCGCUCUGUCAACAUAACCUCAACGAGUGUGAGUCGUCACCGUGCGUGCACGGCAUCUGCGUCGACCAGGAGGACGGAUUCCGGUGCUUCUGCCAGCCAGGCUUUUCCGGCGAGCUGUGCAACUUUGAGUACAACGAGUGCGAGUCGAACCCGUGCAUCAACGGGGGCCAGUGCAUCGACAACAUCGGCGGCUUCUCGUGCAAGUGCACCCGCGGCUACACCGGCAAGCGGUGCCACAUUAAGGUGGACUUUUGCGCCAAUGACCCGUGCCCGGAUGGCCACCGUUGUAUAGAUCACGGGGACGAUUUCACCUGUGAGUGCCCGGGCGGACGAAACGGACCGGACUGCAAUCAGGUACCCCGGACGUUGUGCAAUGUCAACCCAUGUGCCAACGGUGGAACCUGCUGGACCACGGAGGAAUCGUUCUACUGCGCCUGCCGACCCGGAUUCACCGGCAAGAUGUGUGAAGAAAACUUCGUCAUCGAUUCGGUGGUCAGCUCGAGCGAGAUGCUGUCCGACAAUCUGAGCCAGAACGGGCAAAGUGGCCACGCCAGCAGUGCCAUCUACGGACUCGAUUCGGAAGCGCGUGGCAUCGGCAAGCGGGCCGGGGCCAUUGAGCUGCACAACGCGUACAUCGCAGCGGGAACGUUAGCGGCGGCCAUCCUGAUCGUGGCCAUUGUGGUAACCGCAUGCCACUGCAAGGUGCACCAGAGUUAUCGCCAUUUUGCCACCAAGCACCGCCAGCUGAUACCGAUCUUUGGCCGCAAAACGAAAGCGUCCUCGGCGGCGAACCGGCACUGGCUCAGUGGCAAGGGCCAACAGCAGCAGCAGCAGACGGGUUGCCAGCAGCAGCAGGGUGGUCAGCAGGGCGGCCACAGCAACCUCAACUACAGCUACGGCCAGCAUCCGAACUCGUACAGCCUGCAGCCGGAGCGGAUAAUCAACAAACCGCUGCCGAUGAAUCUCGAGAACGACAUGUACUACACGGUGGACUUUGGCGAGUCCCAGCACGCACCCUUGAUACAGUAAAGCUAAAGGGAAGAGAAAAGGAAGAAAAAGAAGCACUACACCAACACACACUUUUGCACACAUACUACUAAAAUACACAACAACAACAACAAACUUACAAAAAAACAGCUAAAAAUAAGAAGAUACGUGCGUCCAAAGCAACUGCAACCAGCAACGAUGGAGUUUAAGGGUUAGAAAAGAGAGAACGUUGGAAGGUGACGAUGACUAAUGGAAUGGAAUUAAGCAAAAGCGCGACAUGACUCGGCAGCAGAAGCGUGGUGUCGAUUAGAUUUUCCGAUUUUGGUUUUGACGGUUCCGUUUGUACCCAGCAGAAGCCGCUGUAGCAGCAGUAGCAGUAGCAGUGCGCUUGUCUUCGUAGGAUAAUUAUGAAGUGAUCUAAGGUUACGUGAAAACAAUUGUAAUGUACUUAUUAGCCAAAGAAGCAGCAGCCAAGACCAUUGCAAGAAGACCUCCGCACACAAUCACACGUGCAGCGCACACCCACAUCGAAGUUGGCGUGCAAAAAAAGGUAGACGGCAUAAACACGUGCGAAAUUUUUGCCAAAUUUGAAUCUCAUUAGCUGGUAAGCGACAGCUGCCAGCGAUUGCCAGCGAAUGAGCGGUUCGGGAAAUCGGGAAAGAGUGAGAGAUAAUUUCAAUCCGAGCGAUUUCUGCUUUUUUCACACGCUGACACACACAAGAAUAGUCACACGUGAGAAAGGGAAAAGUUAAUUGAUUUUCCCCUUUUCCAUCUUGGGCUUCUUGGCCGACAGGGCUGCCAGAUGGACAGAAUUAUCGGAAAAGGAGUGAAAAAGUCGGUUUAGGGGAAAAAAAAUCUGUUGAUUGGAUCGUCGAAUCGACGUUGACUUCUUUUUUUGCUGAAUUUUUGGCCAGCCUACUACCAUGAGGGGAAAACGCUUCCACCCACACACAUGUGGACCUACCGGAAAUUAAAGAUUGCUAUCGCAUGACUUGGUUGUGUUUGGGGUGUGGGAUCCCCGUUCUAUUGUCGGACCUUUUGUGUGGGAAAAUUGUAUUGGUUAAGGGGUUAUGUAGGAACUAUUCGGGACACGCUUCAUCAACAUUUUUUAGAAUAUUUUACAAAAAUAAUUAUUAUUGAAAAUAAUUUCUUUAUUAACUGUUUUAAAUAUUUUUUAAGAUGUAUCAAUUUGGUGACUAACCCCUUAAUAUGAUUUUUGUCGUCCUAUAGAAAUACAAUUCUCAACUCAGGGAAAAAAUCAGAACGAAGAAAAUGUAACGCAUGGCAAGAUUGGUCUAAUUCGAGCAGGUUGAAAUGAAGCAAUACUGUGGGUGGAUAUUGAUGCAUCCGGAUAUGGAAAAGAGGAAUAUAUUCUCAAAAUUUCAAACUUUGAUAAGAAGAUAUCACCAAAAAAGCACGCUUGAAAAGAGACAA